AUGGAAUAUGAUUUUUUAAAAAUGGGGAAAAAAGGUCUAAAUUGGGCGAAAGCACUACCUGAGUACCAGAAAAUUUUAAACGAGGAACCCAAAGAAGUUUUAAAGUACAAAUCUCCGUUUGAAGUAUAUUUUGCACGCAAACCUAGUUCCCAUACUAACCGAGCUAUGGAAAGUGAAGAGUUGGUAAGAAAUGCUGGCGGAUGCAAUCCAAGCUGCAAGGAUAGAGAACGUCGUUGCCGAAGAGCUCAAGAUGUCCGAAAAGCGGCUCAUGCUGCGACUGAACGUUGCCAUCGAAGAAUGGUUAAGACGCACUUAAAAUCGAAUCCUCCCUCAAGAUACAGAAUAGGUGAGAAAGUUCACGUCCGACUCAGUAAAAAGGGCAAAACUUCAAGAAAACAACAAGUAAUAGAAGCUGUAGUAGAAAAAAGAAUUCUAAAAAAGCAGUCAUACAAAGUCUCGUUUAAGUCGCCGUCAUCUGGAAGGCGUGAACGACGGUGGUUCAGUGUUGUGGACAUCACAAGCCUGACUCUGAGAGAAGAAAACCUAAAGCAAAAAGCGGCAAGAAUUGAAAAAGAAAAAAGUAAAUUACACAGGGAAAAAUUUCUUGUUCUAAUGGGAAGUGACGACUACCUUAAGAUAAUAGAAGAUCAAGGACAUAAAUUAGUAUACAAUCCCCCAGGGAACGGAAACUGCCAGUUUGCCGCUUUGGCAUAUCAUCUUAGUUCACUGGGAAUCUUAAGGUCGCCAGAAACCAUGAGGGAGGAAAUUGUUAAAUAUCUGGAAACAAAUCCACUGGAUGAAGAUGGUUUUCCGUUGUACGAAUGGGUUCCAUACUUUGAUUCAUGGCCACAGUACCUUACCCACAUGGCACAAGACCACACCUACGGCGAUCAACUGACGUUAUACGCUGCAGCAAACCUUUAUAACGUUAACAUUCACAUAAUAUCAUCGCUUGGUGCUGGUGCUAGCCAUGUGUUUCAUCCUAGCCUAAAUGUUCCAGCAACAACACUUUUCAUUGGACAUUUUGCGGAAAACCACGGUGAACACUAUAUCGCACUUAACGGUCUGACCCAAGAAGAAAAUAUUGUCGUUGACGUACCCGUUGAGAGCGUUGCUAAUCAGAAAAAUCAUACCAAGUGUCAUACUAAUGAUGGAGAUCGGAAAGAAGGAGAAGAUGAUGAUGGUCUUAUGGAAUACGAACAAAAUAACAACGUUGGUGAUGAUCAGAGAGAAACAGAAGAAGAAGAAGAAAAAAAAGAGGAGGAGGAAGAAGAAGAAGAAGAAGAAGAAGAAGAAGAAGAAGAAGAAAAAGAAGAGGAGGAGGACGAAGACGAAGAAGAGGAGGAGGAGGAAGAAGAGGAAGAAGAAGAAAAUGAUGAUUGUGAUUAUGAUGAUAAUGGUGGUGGUGAUGAUAAUGGUGGUCAAACCAGUCAACUUCCAAAUGAAAUACUCGACAAAAUAAUAGACUUCGCGUUAACUGGAACUCACAUAAGUAUUAUUAUCACCUAUAAUUCCCUUUGCCAGCUUGGUGAACCCUUUAAAGAACUCACAAUGCGUUACAUUUGUCGGCUCCCACGAAUAAGUUACAAGCAUCGCGACACUGCGCGAAAUGGCUGUUUCAGCUUACGCAAGUUGUGCAAAGAUUUUGGCUCAUACAGUGGACUUGUGCUGGCUCUUAAGGAGAUAAUAGCCAACCCCAGAUGGAUAAAUGCGUGGGUUGAGCUGUUGUUUGCUGGGGUU